CCGCGCGCCGCGGCGCCUGCUGACCCGGCCUUCCCGCCCCGUCGCUCCGCAGCGCGGCUGAGGAAAGGAGCAUAACUUCAAAAGAACAUUUGAUUCUUCUUUUCGGGACUGCAUACAAAUUAUAAAGCCAUCAGAAUGUCAGGAGCCUCAGUGAAGGUGGCUGUCCGGGUGAGGCCCUUCAACUCGCGAGAGACCAGCAAGGAGUCCAAGUGCAUCAUUCAGAUGCAGGGCAACUCUACCAGUAUUAUUAAUCCAAAGAACCCAAAGGAAGCACCAAAGUCCUUCAGCUUUGACUACUCUUACUGGUCUCAUACCUCGCCAGAAGAUCCCUGCUUUGCAUCUCAAAAUCGUGUGUACAAUGACAUUGGAAAAGAAAUGCUCUUACACGCUUUUGAGGGAUACAAUGUCUGUAUUUUUGCUUAUGGGCAGACUGGUGCUGGGAAAUCUUACACAAUGAUGGGUAAACAAGAAGAAAGCCAGGCUGGUAUCAUUCCACAGUUGUGUGAAGAACUGUUUGAGAAGAUUAACGACAACUGCAAUGAAGAAAUGUCUUACUCCGUAGAGGUGAGCUACAUGGAAAUUUACUGUGAGAGAGUACGAGAUUUGCUGAAUCCGAAAAAUAAGGGAAAUUUGCGUGUGCGUGAACAUCCACUUCUUGGGCCCUAUGUGGAAGAUCUGUCCAAACUGGCAGUCACUUCCUACACAGACAUUGCUGACCUCAUGGAUGCUGGGAACAAAGCCAGGACAGUGGCAGCUACUAACAUGAAUGAAACAAGUAGCCGUUCCCACGCUGUCUUUACCAUUGUUUUCACCCAGAAGAAACAUGAUACUGAGACCAACCUUUCCACUGAGAAGGUCAGUAAAAUCAGCUUGGUGGAUCUAGCAGGAAGUGAACGAGCUGAUUCAACUGGUGCCAAAGGAACUCGAUUGAAGGAAGGAGCAAAUAUUAAUAAGUCUCUUACAACUUUGGGCAAAGUUAUAUCAGCUUUGGCAGAGGUGAGUAAGAAGAAGAAGAAAACUGAUUUCAUACCUUACAGGGAUUCUGUACUUACUUGGCUCUUACGAGAAAAUCUGGGUGGUAAUUCUCGGACUGCAAUGGUUGCUGCUCUGAGCCCAGCAGAUAUCAACUAUGAUGAAACUCUGAGCACUCUGAGAUAUGCAGAUCGUGCAAAACAAAUUAAGUGCAAUGCUGUUAUCAAUGAAGACCCCAAUGCCAAACUGGUUCGGGAGUUAAAGGAGGAGGUGACACGACUGAAGGACCUUCUUCGUGCCCAGGGGCUGGGAGACAUUAUUGACACAUCCAUGGGGUCCCUUACUUCAUCUCCAUCUUCCUGCUCACUCAAUAGUCAGGUGGGCUUAUCAUCUGUGACCAGCAUUCAGGAGCGGAUCAUGUCUACACCGGGAGGAGAGGAAGCCAUUGAGCGUCUAAAAGAAUCAGAGAAGAUCAUUGCUGAGUUGAAUGAAACCUGGGAAGAGAAACUUCGUAAAACAGAAGCCAUCAGAAUGGAGAGGGAAGCUUUGUUGGCUGAGAUGGGAGUUGCCAUUCGCGAAGAUGGAGGAACACUGGGAGUUUUCUCACCUAAAAAGACCCCACAUCUUGUGAACCUUAAUGAGGACCCACUAAUGUCCGAAUGCCUGCUUUAUUACAUCAAAGAUGGAAUUACAAGGGUUGGCCAAGCAGAUGCUGAGCGGCGCCAGGACAUAGUGCUGAGUGGGGCCCACAUUAAAGAAGAGCAUUGUAUCUUCCGGAGUGAGAGAAACAACACUGGUGAAGUUAUCGUGACUCUAGAGCCCUGUGAGCGCUCAGAAACCUAUGUGAAUGGCAAGAGGGUGGCCCAGCCUGUCCAGCUGCGCUCAGGAAACCGGAUUAUCAUGGGUAAAAACCAUGUUUUUCGUUUUAACCAUCCGGAGCAAGCACGGGCUGAGCGGGAGAAGACUCCCUCUGCUGAGACCCCCUCAGAACCUGUGGACUGGACGUUCGCUCAGAGAGAGCUUCUAGAAAAGCAAGGAAUUGAUAUGAAACAGGAGAUGGAAAAAAGGCUACAGGAAAUGGAGAUCCUGUACAAAAAGGAGAAGGAAGAAGCGGAUCUUCUUUUGGAGCAGCAGAGGCUGGACUAUGAGAGUAAAUUGCAGGCCUUGCAGAAGCAGGUUGAGACCCGGUCCCUGGCUGCAGAAACAACUGAAGAGGAAGAGGAGGAGGAAGAAGCUCCUUGGACACAGCAUGAGUUUGAAUUGGCCCAGUGGGCCUUCCGGAAAUGGAAGUCUCACCAGUUUACCUCUUUACGGGACUUGCUGUGGGGCAAUGCUGUAUACCUGAAGGAAGCCAGUGCCAUCAGUGUGGAGUUGAAGAAGAAGGUGCAGUUUCAGUUUGUUCUGCUGACUGACACACUCUACUCCCCGUUGCCUCCUGAGUUGCUUCCCACUGAGAUGGACAAAACACAUGAAGACAGGCCUUUCCCUCGUACAGUGGUAGCAGUAGAAGUUCAGGAUCUGAAGAAUGGAGCAACACAUUAUUGGUCUCUGGAGAAACUCAAGCAGAGACUAGAUUUAAUGCGAGAGAUGUACGACAGGGCCGGCGAGAUGGCCUCCAGUGCCCAAGAUGAAAGCGAAACCACCAUGACAGGCAGCGAUCCGUUCUACGAUCGGUUCCACUGGUUCAAACUUGUGGGAAGCUCCCCCAUUUUCCACGGCUGUGUGAAUGAGCGCCUUGCUGACCGCACACCCUCCCCCACUUUUUCCACCGCCGAUUCCGACAUCACUGAGCUGGCUGACGAACAGCAAGAUGAGAUGGAGGAUUUUGAUGAUGAGGCAUUCGUGGAUGACACCGGCUCUGACGCAGGGACGGAGGAGGGAUCAGAUCUCUUCAGUGAUGGGCAUGACCCGUUUUACGACCGAUCCCCUUGGUUCAUUUUAGUAGGAAGGGCAUUUGUGUACCUGAGCAAUCUGCUGUAUCCUGUGCCCCUGAUUCACAGAGUGGCCAUCGUCAGUGAGAAGGGGGAAGUGCGGGGAUUCUUGCGGGUGGCUGUGCAGGCCAUUGCAGCGGAUGAAGAAGCUCCUGAUUAUGGCUCUGGAAUUCGACAGUCAGGGACGGCUAAAAUAUCUUUUGAUAACGAAUACUUUAAUGAGAGUGACUUUUCUUCAGUUGCAAUGACGCGUUCGGGUCUGUCCUUGGAGGAGCUAAGGAUUGUAGAAGGACAGGGUCAGAGUUCGGAAGUCAUCACUCCUCCAGAAGAAAUCAGUCGAAUGAAUGACUUGGAUUUGAAGUCAGGCAGUUUACUGGAUGGAAAGAUGGUAAUGGAAGGGUUUUCUGAAGAGAUUGGCAACCACCUGAAACUGGGUAGUGCCUUCACUUUCCGAGUCACAGUGUUACAGGCCAGUGGGAUCCUCCCAGAGUAUGCAGACAUCUUCUGUCAAUUCAAUUUUUUGCAUCGCCAUGAUGAAGCAUUCUCCACUGAACCCCUCAAGAACAAUGGCAGAGGAAGUCCCCUGGGCUUUUAUCAUGUGCAGAAUAUUGCAGUGGAAGUCACUGAGUCAUUUGUGGACUAUAUCAAAACCAAGCCUAUUGUAUUUGAAGUCUUUGGCCAUUACCAGCAGCAUCCACUUCAUCUGCAAGGACAGGAGCUAAGCAGUCCACCUCAGCCAUCUCGAAGGUUUUUCCCUCCUCCCAUGCCACUCUCCAAACCAGUUCCAGCUACCAAGUUGAAUACCCUGAGCAAAACCAGCCUUGGCCAGAGCAUGAGCAAGUAUGAUCUUCUGGUUUGGUUUGAGAUCAGUGAACUGGAGCCUACAGGAGAGUAUAUUCCCGCCGUUGUUGACCACACAGCAGGCUUGCCUUGCCAGGGGACAUUUUUGCUUCAUCAGGGCAUCCAGCGAAGGAUCACAGUGACCAUUAUCCACGAGAAAGGAAGUGAGCUCCACUGGAAAGAUGUUCGGGAAUUGGUGGUAGGCCGGAUUAGGAAUAAGCCUGAGGUAGACGAAGCUGCCGUUGAUGCGAUCCUCUCCUUAAACAUCAUCUCUGCCAAGUCCCUGAAGUCCUCGCACAACUCCAGCAGGACCUUCUAUCGUUUUGAGGCAGUGUGGGACAGCUCCCUGCAUAACUCCCUUCUUCUGAACCGAGUGACGCCCUAUGGAGAAAAGAUCUACAUGACCUUGUCCGCCUAUCUAGAGCUGGAUCAUUGCAUCCAGCCAGCUGUCAUCACCAAGGAUGUGUGCAUGGUCUUCUAUUCCCGAGAUGCCAAGAUCUCACCACCACGCUCUCUGCGCAGCCUCUUUGGCAGUGGCUACUCAAAGUCACCAGACUCUAAUCGGGUCACUGGAAUUUAUGAACUCAGCUUAUGCAAGAUGGCAGAUACAGGUAGUCCAGGUAUGCAGAGAAGGAGGCGAAAAGUCUUGGAUACUUCGGUGGCAUACGUGCGGGGAGAAGAGAACUUAGCAGGCUGGCGGCCUCGUGGAGACAGCCUCAUCCUGGAACACCAGUGGGAGCUGGAGAAGCUGGAGCUGCUGCAUGAGGUGGAAAAAACCCGCCACUUCCUGCUGCUGCGUGACAGACUUGGUGACAGUAUCCCCAAGUCCCUGAGCGACUCACUGUCCCCUAGCCUCAGCAGUGGGACCCUCAGCACCUCCACCAGCAUCUCCUCUCAGAUCUCAACCACCACCUUCGAAAGUGCUGUCACCCCCAGCGAGAGCAGCGGCUACGACUCAACAGACAUCGAAAGCCUGGUGGACCGCGAGAAGGAGCUGGCCACCAAGUGCCUGCAGCUUCUCACCCACACCUUCAACCGAGAAUUCAACCAGGUCCACAGCAGCAUCAGUGACUGCAAGUUGUCUGACGUCUCUCCGAUCGGACGGGACCCUUCUGUGUCCAGUUUCAGCAGUGCUACCCUCACUCCAUCCUCCACCUGCCCCUCUCUGGUUGACUCGAGAAGCAAUUCUGUGGAUCAGAAGACCCCAGAAGCCAACUCCAGGGCCUCUAGCCCCUGUCCGGAAAUGGAGCAGUUUCAGAUUGUCCCAACUGUGGAGACACCUUAUUUGGCCCGAGCAGGAAAAAAUGAGUUUCUCAAUCUUGUUCCAGAUAUUGAAGAAAUUAGACCAGGCUCAGUGGUCUCUAAGAAAGGAUACCUGAAUUUCAAGGAGCCACUGUCCAGCAACUGGGCUAAGCAUUUCGUCGUGGUCCGUCGCCCCUACGUCUUCAUCUAUAACAGCGACAAGGACCCGGUGGAGCGUGGCAUCAUUAACCUGUCCACGGCGCAAGUGGAGUAUAGCGAGGACCAGCAGGCCAUGGUGAAGACACCUAACACCUUUGCUGUGUGUACCAAGCACCGGGGUGUCCUUCUGCAAGCUCUCAAUGACAAAGACAUGAAUGACUGGUUAUAUGCCUUUAACCCACUCCUUGCUGGCACAAUACGGUCAAAACUUUCUCGAAGAUGCCCAAGCCAACUGAAAUACUAAGCAACUCUACUGAGCCCUCACUCGCCUUCAAGAGAUAAAGAAAGUGUUACCUCUCAUUUUCCUUGUGAUUCCUAACGGUUACUCUUGUAUGUAAUCCUGUGGCUUAACUACUUUCCCCCCCGCCGUCGUUCAACACUUUCUCUAGCUCUCCUGUGCCCCAUCUUCAUGGCUCUGUACUCUUCUUUUUCUUAUGCUGAGAAUCUUGUUAGUAGCAUGUGGCCUAACAAAAGGAAAAAAAAGGCUAACACACACACACACAAUGCACACACACAUGCACCCUGAGAGGAUCCAGCAAAUCUCCAAUUUAUUUUUUCAUGUACUUUGGCUUCCUUUUGUACACUAGAUCUCCAUUGUGACCUCUGCUGCUGUCGGACUGUUGUCUUUGGAUACCUCUGUCUGUUUUUCAGGAUAACCUUUUUCUUUGGACUGUUUUUAAUACCAGUUUAAUUUUUCCUGGGUGGCUUAGAAAGUGAAGUAAGGAGACAUCUGGCCUUAUUAUUAGAUCCCAAAGGAAAAGCUUACCUUUUUUCCCCUCUUCUGUUUGCCUUUGCUAAUCCCUGCAUUUGUAUUCAGGGAGAAAGCUAUGGUGAGCUCAAGAAUGCAUCAAUUAGAUUCAGAGUCAACAUUAGGGCUUGUUUAGUGCAUGGUUCUGGAUUCUCCUAGAGGGAAAGACUGAGAAGCCUUUACUGUGGGCCUGGGACAGUGGCUACUUUGGGCUUGUCAGGAAACGAUGGCUGGAGAUGCUGCAGUGGGGUUUAGAGGGUAGGGUGUAGAGGUGGGUGAGGGCAGCAUCAGGAAUGCCUGCAGUUCCCUGCAGCAGGGGCCCUGCAGAAGAGGAGCCUUGCAUCUCCUGAUGCUGGUGGUAGUUUGGAGUUGGUACCAUGUCAUGCACACAGACCCCACAAGGGGGUGCCUUUCACUUGCUGGUUAUAAACUCCGUCACUAUUGACGCAGUAAUUAUGACAGUGCUGACUGUGAAAUGUGACUGUUAGUAGUUUGCUUUGAUUAAGGAAACCUAGCUCUCGGUGUAACAUUGGCCAUUUCCAACGAUGCUUGUCAACCAGGAUUAAGACCAACCCCCACUACCACUCCAAGCAAAACAAAAGACACUUGCGGACAAAUAAUUACAUUGCCCAGCCCUGCUGUCUCCCCUCUGCGGUUAUGUUCCCUCCACGCAAUGUGGAGCUACCUUUGGAGCAGGAAUGAGGGAACUUACUCCCUGCAGAGCCUCCCUUGGCUUCUGGAAGCCAGGGACCAUCCUAGAACAUAACGCUCUUGGUUUAAUGCCAGAAUAUUUUGCAGAACUGAUUGGGGACAGGAGGCUCAGCAACUUGAGUUGCUUUGCCAGUGACUUGGGGCUGUUCCGGGCCUUCUUUACUCCCUUGCCCAGCUUUUCAUCAUGGCUCAGGCAUCCAGAAAAGCAUCUGCUCACUCAGGUCCCCGGUGGUGGGCUCGCACACAUCUGCAGAGCAGUCUGUCAGCACCCACCUCCAGAGAUGGCGGGGCUGGCUUGUGAAAGUUUAUCUUGCCCUGAGAAAGAAGGAGAGCUUAGGGAAGGAAAGGUGGAAAUCGGCCUUUUUAUCUGAGAAGUAAUCAACAGAAACUCCCAAACUUCCUUCCUCUCCUUAGAAUAUAGUCACUAACUGUAAUGUUAUUUGUUUCCUAAGCAUAGAUGAGAUUUGUAAUGUAUUUAGGAGUCUCUUGGUUAUCUGCUGGAUACAGUAAGCCUCCUGGUAUAUACUGGCAUCCCACUGGGUCUGUCUGUGCUUAGAGACAGCUUCCUAGCCUGGAACUAACUUCAGGGAAAUGAAGAUGAAGUAGAACCUGAGGCAUUGUGGGAGGAAGGGUCCUGGCCGAGACAGGAGGCGGAGCCUGAGGGAGCGCGGAACCCAGCGAUGCGCUGAUCUGAUCGCUCAGGGUUUGUUUUUUGUUUUUAACACAAAACUGGUUUGGAAAGUCUUUGCUUUUGAAGUGUCAGAAGUUGGCAUGAGCUGUUGCAGACGAGGAGGAAGCGGGUAAACUCCACCGUCCCAGCCUCUGCUGCGGCCCGUGGGUGCACACAGCCCUUGUGGAACCCCUCUUCUUCUAGGAGCCCAUUUCCACAUUGGAACUCAGGCCAUUUUGGGGCGGGGGGAGUGUUGAUGUUUCCAGCUGUCCAUUUCUGCUCCAAAAUGUGAGGAGCCAGCAGCUACGUGACUCCUUUGCUACAGCCACGAUGGCAGGAACGUUCAGAACCCUUUCAGGGAAGCAGUAAAACAGUCCUCUGAACAAACAGCCAAAAGAAUUAUGCAAAUUACAGAAAACAGUGCUAAUUACUGCCUCCUCUCUUCACUUCCCAUCCUCCUUUCUCUGACCAAACCAGAAUAGGGCCUCACAGUUGCCACCACUCCAGUGCUCAGACGCGCCUGCGCGGGGCCACCUGGGAGUCAGCCAGCUCUCAGGCCCAGGCUGGGCGGGGCCAGGCAGCCCCGCACUGCCGGUCAGGAGCACCAUGGGGCUUCCUCUGGCGCUGCGUGGCCACUUUCCAGUGGGCUCCACGGCAGGUCCUUAACCAAGGGUCUUGUUCAUGUGAGGAGAGCGCUUCCCCAACAAGAAGCCACUAAGCAACCAAGAAACCACGAUGGCUGAUUGUUCACCCCUGCUCCCUGCAUAGAUUUUACACAGCUGCUCCCAGGGGAAAGGGUCUUCAGGAUCUAAAGAUGUAAUGACUUCUGGCACAUAUCUCAAAGCAUGGGCUUUGUUGCCUGCUGCUUCUCGUCUGAUUUACAGGGAUAUUUAAUUUUGUAAGGUAUUUGUAUAUUUAUAUAGCUGUAAUGAAUUGCACAUGGACUGGAAGAGAAGGAUUCUCUCUCGCACCCCUACCGGGACUCGUUCCGCACGCCCGCUGGGCACUGCGCUCUGCUCGGCUCUUCUGGGGCUCUUCACUGGGGUUGUUGCUUGUGUGUUGUGGGUCUUUCACCUUUCCUUUGGGUUCCCUUUUGAAAUGUGAUUGUUAAUUUGCUCCUUAAGAAGAAAGGACUAAAGCUGCUGACUGCUCUAGGUGGCAUGCAAGAUGUACUGGCCAGGACUCUGCUGUGUGCACUGCCGCCAUCCACCGUGGCCAGCGGGCGCCACACCUGCCAGAGCUCGGCAGCUUGAGGUUAUUUGCUGCUGCUGUUCAAAAGGCCAUUUAUGAACUGAAUGUUUGAACCCUAUUC